AUGUAUAACGGAAUCGGUCUCACUACACCGCGCGGCAGUGGCACGAACGGUUACGUGGUACGAAACCUAUCCGCUCUACGGAGCUUCCAGACACCCCAGGAUCGCGCAAGUGCGUGGGACGUUGCCCCUCCCAAACACAGAGAGCCCGAUGCGGAGAUUCUGGAACACGAGAGGAAGCGUAAAGUGGAGGUGAAGUGCCUGGAGCUGCAGCUCAAGCUGGAGGACGAAGGCGUCGAGGAAGACAAAAUUGAGGAGCAAGUAAGCGAGCUCCGCACAAAACUGCUUGCCGAAGCGAGCGCACAAAUCAACGCGAAAAGUCUGAAGCCGUCAGAUACCCAUGGCAUCGCCUACGCGAAGAAAGACGAACUCAACAAGAUGGCCCGGGCGUUUGGCACCCGAAGCGACUACCACGAAGGAGAUGCCUUCGACAGGGAGAAGCAAGAGGAGCUGCGUAUGCGAAGGCACGCAGAGAGGGAGGAGCGGGACAGGCAGCGGGAAGAGGAACGCGCGAAGAUGGUUGCUCAAAAAGAAAAGUGGGAGGCGGAGCGGAAGGAGCGCGAC